AUGAACGCGGUGUCUGAGGAGGCUGAGAUCACAUCAGAAGUGACGAGAUGUUUCAAACAAGCCGUGCAAUGUUUGCACGGGAACGAUCGUUUGUUUGGCAUUAACAAGACGUCGUCUCACACGCCGGGCUCCAGCUUCACAUCGGUGUCGUACAUCUCACCCUCGGGGACUCUUUUGCAUGCCUCAGGUUGGAGUCAGUUAUUUUUGGGCACUUUAAUCUACAUCUUCAGGGAGAAUAGACACUGCAAAGAUCUUAAAGGCUCUGGCUUCAUUAAAAUGGAUAAGGCUGGCUAUAAAAAGGUUGAAGGGCUCCACGCUCUCCUCCAGUUCCUCCGCCUCCUCGCUGCCCUCUUUGCUGUGCUUUUCCUCCUCCUCCUCAUCCUCCUCUUCUUCUGUGAUGGAGCAGAGGCGGGCGGCGGUCCCGGGGCUCUCGGCCGGCGGCCUGUAGUGGCACUGGCCGUUCAGCAGCCUCCUCAGGGGCAUCAGGGGCACGGCCUCCUCCCCGAGCAGCUGCUGCUGGCAGUGGCGGAAGUCGCUCUGGCGCUUGAGCCGCUUGAACUCGCUGAAGGCCGAGGCGGCGUUCUGGUCCAGGCGCCCGGCGAUGGCCCGGGCCUUCUCCGCCUUGCCGACCAGGACGGCGUGACACCGGAGCACCACGGCCAUGUUCUUGACCUGGUGCCUGUAGACCCAGGCCAGGAUUUUGGGCCGGCAGGGGUCGGGCGCGCAGUACAUCUUGGCCACCGCCUCCUGCGUGCAGCCGUCCCCCUUCGCCGUGAUGGUGACCACGCUCCCCAGGUAGCGCACGUUGUAGACCGGCUCCUCUUUGUUGAGCUCCACCUUUUGCCGCUUGGUCUGGAAGAGGCUGCCCACCCAGUGGAAGGGGCAGUCCGGCAGCAGGUCGGGGCAGGAGCGCAGCAGGGAGGAGAGGAUGGAGUGGUAGGUCAGCCCGCUCCCCAGACUCUUGGGCUUACUCUUGGCCUCGUCCUCCACCAGAACAAACUUAUUCCUUCUCCAGGGCAGCAUGGCGCGAGCGAAAUGAGCUCCCCGCUAUUGCUUUCUCUCUCUAGUCGGAUCAGGAAGCUCGGGAAGAGUUGGAAAGCCGCCUGCUGCGUGCGAGCCAGAGAAAGGAAGGCAAAAGAGAAGCUGCUUGGCGAAGCUCGCAGAAGAGAACGAGAGCUCAUGCUCAUUUCUGACAAUAUGUGA